AUGUCAAGAAAAGUCUCGCGAGAGCCACUUGUCAGUCCUGACAGAAACCAAGAUGGAGUACAAAGUAGCUUUUCUAUUCAAGCAGCACCUCAAGUAGAGCCAACAUUAGCAACUUCAACAGAACCCGUUGAUGAUUAUAUUGAUGCGGAUCAAGCUUCGUUUGAAGAAACAGCCAGUAUUGUUUCAAAUAAAGACCAGUUUGAAAUGAAAUGUUCAACAUUUCGAAGUUGGACAAUUGGCAUUCUAUUUACUGUUCUUAUAUCAACUGUAAAUCAAUAUUUUUAUUAUCGAACACAAUCUUAUGCAUUUUCAUAUUACUUAGUUUUCUUAUUAGCAUAUCCAAUUGGAAAAUUUUUAGCAUGGUGUUUACCAACAAAAGCAAUUUCUAUUUGGAAGUGGAAAUUUUCACUGAAUCCAUGUUUAUUUACAAUUAAAGAACAUGCUCUUAUUGUUUUUAUGUCGUUAACUGCUUCUGGAACAGUUGAUGCAAUUGAUAUAAUUGUUACGCAACAGACGCUGUUUGAUACAAAAACCAAUUUUGCUCUUGGAUUAUUUCUUAUUUUAUCCGUUCAAAUAAUGGGCUAUGGUAUUGCAGGUACCAAUGUUUUUCUCAAACUUUUUGUGAAAAUAGAAGUGUUAGAUUACAAAAUCUUUUAUUAG